CAAUUCUUCCCCCUUGCUGUGGGGUUUCCGUGAGUGAGUUAAGGAAAGGCACACACCAGAUUCAAGAAUAUGAAAGUCCUUCCCUCCGCGGCAUUUCACAGCCUUGUGUUUUAACCGUUUGCUCCAGGAAAAUAACAACAAUGUAUCGGGUGCGGCUCUGCGCUCCAGCUGCCUUCAGUGGCUUUAACAAAAAUGGAAAAGUAUGAAAAACUAGCUAAGAUUGGAGAAGGCUCCUACGGGGUCGUAUUCAAGUGCAGGAACAGAUCUUCUGGACAAGUAGUAGCUAUCAAAAAAUUCGUGGAAUCCGAAGAUGACCCGGUGGUUAAGAAAAUUGCCCUGCGAGAAAUACGCAUGCUGAAGCAGUUGAAACACCCAAACCUUGUGAGCCUGGUGGAGGUGUUCAGAAGGAAGAGAAAGAUGCACUUGGUUUUCGAGUACUGUGACCACACACUGCUGAAGGAGCUGGAGAUGAACCCGACCGGAGUUCCUGAUGGAGUUGUCAAAAGCGUGCUGUGGCAAACCCUCCAGGCGCUGAACUUCUGCCACAAACACAACUGCAUUCAUCGGGAUGUAAAACCUGAAAACAUCCUAAUAACCAAGCAAGGAAUGAUAAAGAUUUGUGACUUUGGAUUCGCACGAAUUCUAAUCCCGGGAGAUGCCUAUACAGACUACGUCGCCACCAGGUGGUACCGAGCCCCUGAGCUUCUCGUGGGAGACACGAAUUACGGUUCCUCCGUGGACGUGUGGGCUGUCGGCUGCGUUUUUGCUGAGCUCCUGACGGGUCAGCCGCUCUGGCCAGGAAAAUCAGAUAUGGACCAACUUUAUCUGAUCAUCAGGACGCUGGGAAAGCUCAUCCCAAGGCAUCAAUCUAUCUUUAAAAGUAACCAGUUUUUCCGUGGCAUCAGCAUACCUGAACCAGAAGACAUGGAGACUCUUGAAGAAAAGUUCUCAAACGCUCAGCCUGUGGCUUUAAGUUUCAUGAAGGGGUGUCUGAAGAUGAGCCCAGAUGACAGGCUAACCUGUGCCCAGCUGCUGGACAGUGCUUACUUCGAUUCUUUCCGAGAGGGUCAAAUGAAAAGAAAAGCCCGCAGUGAGGGAAGAAGCCCACGGCGGCAGCAGAAUCAACUGUUGCCCCUUAUACCCGGAAGCCGCCUCUCCCCGACACCUGAUGGAAGAAAACAAGGCCUCCAGUUAAAAUUUGAACAUCUUCCAAACAUUUAGGGAACCUGUUCCUCCCAGGGCAUUCAUUUAAUAUGUAUAUAUUUUGUACAAGAUAGGAAUCCUCAGUGUUUCACAUCAAAUGAAUGACAUGAGUAGGCAGGUGCCCCCAGAACUGCUUUGCUCUGCUCAUCACUGAUUCCCUUCCCUGGGAAGACACCAACUUUGUCUCCUAGAACACUCUCCUUAAAUGUUGUCCAGCCAAAAUGGCACAUCCAGAGGAGAUGCUUUAACUUGAGCUGUAACCUCCUCAGGCAAUUAGCCCUGUGAACCUGUGGGCUUGUGCCUCAACUUGGGGGAAGAUUUCUGGGUAUCAUCCCCCUCCAGCGGACCAUGUAACUUCCUGAAGCAGGAUCGGAUCUGCUGGCUACUCUGGAGUGGUGGGCAUGGAGCCUCCGCACUGGAAUCCCUUCUCAGAGUUGUCCGGCCUUGCCUUAUCCUGCAUUUCCACUGCUACAGCAUGGUGACCGUGAAAGGGGGUCCAGGAUUACCUCUCCACUCCAGGACAAACUCGACUGUGUUUGGCAUGAGGCGUUGAUGAUUCUGAUCUGAAAGCAAGCUAAAGAAGAUGCCACACGUGAGCAGAGAAACUACAAGGAAUCGCCUACCAUGUGACAGCAAUGUCCCUGAGUCACUGGCUGCCCUCUCGAAGGCUGUCCCUGGGGCACCAUGCUUUCUUUUCCUUUUUCCUUCUUUUUCAUCUUUUUUAAUCUAUUUGUGAGUAUGAGAAAGAGGAGGCAAGCAAAGAGAGGCCUCAUAUGUGAAAAUCAAAGGACAAGUUGGAGGCCAGCCUGACCUACAUGGCAAAACCUUGUCUCAAUACUCUCCAAAAAGUCCAUCGAAUCCAAGACCCUGCUGCUGAGUGUAUAAAAUACAAAUAAUUCCUGCAUGCGUAGAACGCCACUGUUGCCAUUUGUUGAAAUAUCGGAAGCUACAGCGGGAAGUAGAAAUGUCUUUGCCUUGGUGGGUAUCUGAGCAUUUCAUUUCAGACCUAAUUAUAGUCAGAUUAAAACGUCAAACAAUGACUGUGGAUUACUCUACAUUUUAAAAUGAUACCUGUUUCAGUUACUUUAAACCUUGUGAGAGACUGGGGGUGUAGCCGAACCAGUGGAACUCUUGCCUAGUAGGCAGGAAGCCCUGGGUUUCAUCUCUAGCAUGGAACAAAACCGCCGUAGUCACACCUGCCUGGAAAUAAAAAUUCAAAGUCACUGUCCUUGGCCACCUGUAGACUUCAAGGCCAUGCUGGGCUAAAAUUUCCCAGGCAUGUUUGUAUCAAGGGGCAAGACGGGAGAUUCCAAGUUCAAGGCCAGCUAAGGCUGCAUACUGAGGUUCUCCAACAAAACAAAAGGAAACUAAUAGAGUUGUUAACAGUGGUCGCUGACCAUCUCUCUAAAUGUCAUGCUGAAAACAUGUGUUUUCUGAUUUUUACUGGUUAUUUUAGAAUGUGUUGGAAUAGCAGUGAGUCUAUUUCAGAUCACUUAAAAGUUGUAGCUAUUGUAAUUAGCAUUUAAUCAUUAGCAUAAUGGUAAUCUAAACUAUUAAAGUUUAUUG